AUGGCGACUGAGGAACUAGGAUAUAAAAGAAGUGUCGUCGCUUUUGAGGUUUCCGGUUGUCACAUGCUCCUAUGGCGGCAGCAAUUCAUGUACUCGGUCACCACCUUUGUGGGACCCAAGGUUAAUUUGUCCGACAUUUUUCUUGCUAGGCUUCAACAGUGGAUUUUCUGCAUAAAUGAUUGUAAAACCGUUGUUCUUCUAUGCUUGGCAAGUAAACUUGACCCUUAUCGUGCGAAGGAAGUCCUUAGAGGACUAACCAAUUGCAAUGUUAACAAAGUUUGCCCUUUUGUUUUCCCCAGUAUGAGGCAUGUUGCAAACACCUGUGGAAAUGGGAUAAGUAACCCGACGACUUGUUGUGAUGCAAUGGGUAACUAUGUCUCUCACUUGCAAAAGCAGACCCUUGUCUUACAAGCUUUGCAUUGUGCUACCUCCCUAGGGUCGAAGCUACAGAAAUACAUCACCACCAAAGAUGUUUAUAGCCUCCGUCACAUAAUCCUCAAAGAUUUCUCCCUUCAAGGAUGGUUUUUAUCUGGAUGCCUUCUUCCAAGCCUUCCCUCUGAUGAGACGUUUGACAAGUUCUCUGGAAUCAGUUUCAUUUGCGAUCUGAACGAUAAUAUUCCAGCUCCAUGGCCAAAUCCAUCACUUCUACCAGCUUCAUCAUGCAAUAAAACUGUAAGAAUACCAGCACUACCUGCAGCUACAAAAGCUCAAAGUGGUCUUUACAAUGAAUACGUUGCAAUUUAUCUUCUCAUCGCUUCUUCGAUGACCAUGAUGAUGCUCUUACAGUUCUAGUUUUCAAGGCCGAUUCAAUCUUUAUCCAUAACUCUCGAGUUUUACAGUGAGACGAGCACGACCCCCUGUUAAUGGAAAGUUCACUCAGGCUCGAUGAUCAACCAGGUACCCACUCAAUACUUGACAUUCUUGCAUGUUGUCUGUAAUAAUAUUUUGUAAAAAGCAACAUGUAUCUAUAUAAGUAUUGGAUUAUACCAUGUAAAUUUUGAUUGGAGAUUUU